UGUAGUGCAGGAGCCCUCAGAGUGGGUCAGGCAUGGAGAGAGCCAGCAGUAAUGCGUGUGUCUAAUGUUUUUAUUCCUUACUGACAGUCGGGAAAGACAGUCUCACCAAACCCUGGGGCUGGAGGUAUAGAGGGAUAUAAAAUUGAUGCAAAAAUGGUUUUACUAACAUCAGUGCUGUUGCUGCUACUCUCUUGGGUAUCACUGCACAACACCGCGCGAGCUGUCGCAGAGAUUUGCCGGGGGACGCACUGCUACGGCGGGGAAACCGGCGACCCAAGACCGUGCACCGGAGCGCACUGUCCGGGGGGCAGAUCCUCCAGACCGCCGCGGCAGUUUAACCCUACAACGCAGGGGAGAGCAGCGCAGACAGCUGGCAGCCAACACUACCAAGCGUACCCGAGCUCUCCAAGAGCUGCGUCGGAAGCUUAUCCGGCCGUCCAGCCGCUCCGCGGGCGGCACGGAGACAGCGGCAGCAGCAGCAGCGGCGGCGCACGGAUGCGAGCGCCCGAAGUUUUACCUGCAGGAUGCACCGACGCGGAGUGCGCUGCUCUUGUGAAACAAUUUCAACCCACAAACGACACCCGAGACUGUAGAGGGAUCGAGUGCAGACUGCCUGUGAGGAUACGGCCAAAAGCGCGAGCAAAGUCCUGUGUGGGAGAGGGAUGUCUAGCCGGUUCAGAGGAGAGCGUCUCCUCUGCCGCCAGCCAGCUUCCUCCCGUCCAUCUGUCCGACAGAGCCGCGCAGUUUCUGGGAGAUUUUCCGGAGUUUGGAUAUCCGUCGUCGGAACUUGGCGGAGCGCCUUUGGGUGUUCAGCUCACAUGUGACAUCAAGCCAGGUGAGAAUGAAGUUCCCUCAGAGGAUGCCCUCAUCCUGCACCUCCAGCUGGCCAAAGGGCAGGAGAAGCUGGUGGAGGCCCUGCGAGCCCAGCAGAUGGUCAUCCGCGACUUGCAGCAGAAGCUCGCUGACCAGCAGGAGGCGCUUCUGUCCCAGCAGCGGGAGAUCCUGGAGCAGCAGCGGCGCAUGUACGAGCAGAUGGAUGUGGUGAAGGCCCAGUAUGGCCUCCUCUCAGACACCGUCAAGCAGGUUUCCUUCCAGGGCCUGCAGGGUGAGCUGCAGAGCUACUUUGAGAGCCACUUGGCGGGUCUGCAGAGCCAGGCCCGCAGCCACCUGCAGAAGUCCUACGCUGUCCACAAGAUGGACAUGGACUCCAAGGUGAUGGAUGCGGUGGGAGAGGCUAAUUUCCCCCAACCUCUGCUGGGAUGCCCUUCACCCUGUGGAUCAGAGGAGUUCUGUGAUUUUCAGAGGGACCCACCUCAGUGUGAGAAGUGCACCAUGUGUCCACCAGGCUUCUUCCUGAUCUCACAGUGCUCUCCCACUGCAGACAGAAUGUGCCAGGACAGAGACGAAUGCCUUGAAUUACCAAACAUUUGUGGAGAGCGAGUGAAGUGCCUUAACACUCCAGGAGGGUUCAGGUGUCUGGGAGUUUCUGAGAGAGAAGCAGUGAUGGGCUUGUGUGGCCAUGACUAUUUCUACAACCAGGAACUGCAGGAGUGCCAAGCCUGCUCAGACUGUGAUGGAGAGCCUGUCACUGUUCCCUGCACAGCCAUCAGCGAUGCUGUCUGCGGCCAGCCCUCAGAGAGCAGACUCUCCCAGUCUUGGGCAGCAAAUGUGGCAGUUCCCUCUGCCAGGACCUCUGGCACCCACAUCUUCCCCGGGCUGCAGCUAAACAUUCGAGGGAAGGAGAGCAGUGAUUUACUGUCAAACGAGGCAGGGAAGGUGACCUUCCUGCAGCACGGCCUGGUGUGGUUGGAUCAUAACUUCGCGAUUAAGCACAGCUGCAGGAACUUCCUCCAGGUGGGGAUGAGGCUCAACGGGAGCCAGGAGGAGGAGGGUCAGGACCUCAGUGGUGUUCGCAUCGAACAGCCCGAUGGGAAAUACUUUCAGGGAGUCAGCGUCAGCAGUGGUGUGGAGGUCGAGCCAAAUCACACCUUCACUCUGCUGCUGAAGAGUCCAAAUCAACACUGCAACCAGAGCAAGGAUCUCCAUGUGUAUGAUAUCACCGCUCCCACCUUCAGUCUGCUCUGGUUGUCUCAUGAUACCGGUGCUGUUGCUAUGACAGCUCAGAUGUCCCUGUUGGUUCACUACCAGACCAGUUACCGCCCAACUUUCCGUAUGACCUCAGUGUCUGACCCCUAUAUGAUCAGCCUGACCCAUGACAAUCGUGGGGUUCGCUUCACAGAGAGCGGUGUGGUAAAGUUUGUCCUUCAGCAUGCACUGUACUCCAUGGGCCACACCUGCAUUCGAGAGGGUUUCUCCCUGAUUGCAUAUACCAACCGCAAUGGGACCGGCCAGGAGGCGAUGCAGGCCUUCAAGACAGGCGUCAACUACAGGGACACCUCCAUCACCCUCUCUGGUGCUGUGAGUGUGGACAGCAGAGACACUCUCAGCUUUGAGAUCACAUCUCCGUCCCAGUGCAACAUCCGUUAUUUUGGGGACAGCACUGGGAUCAGCAUGCUGAGCCUCAUCUGGAUUCCCUCUGCCGUGUCGUCAGCCUUGACUGCGACUGUGUCCAGGACUGGUCUUCCCUUCGGAGCGGUCAGGAACAAGCCGCUGUUGUUCCAGCAGAUCAGCUCAGACACACCGCGGGUUCGUUUGGCCCGCUCAGGUGAGCCAAAUGGCCGGAAGAACUUUAUAUUCCUCGAGAAAGGGACUGCAAACAUAGCCCUCAACCUGAAGCUGAUCCACUCCUGUAAUAUAGUAAAACUCACUUUGCAGCGAGUGGGGGGUCCAGGUCAGAGCGGGCAGGCAGGUCCUGUGGCUCAGCAGGUGUCUGGAUACAUGCCUGAAGGGAGUGAGUGGGCCAGUAUAGGGCUGAGAGCCUCAUUCCAGGUCCAGAACGGCACAGCUGUGUAUGUCACUCUGGACUGUAUCCGUGGACGAGUUAACCAGAUAACACAUGAAGGAGGCACUAACAUUUCAAUCCUCUGGGUUGCAGUGUGAUCCAAGAAAGGAUGGAGCCUUAAUGUCAUUAAUACAUUUUGUGAGAAGAAAAGGACAGUUUUGCACAAUAUUGAAUUGCAGAGCAGAUUCAACAAUUUACCAAAUCAAGGAGGAAUACUGGUUGAUGAAAAACGUGUUAAUCUAUUCCACAUAUUUUGUCAUAUUAUUGUUUUAAAUGUAUAUUUCAUCACCUGUUUAGACUUUUAUUGUGAAAUGUUUUUUGGAUAUAAUUUACAUACUAUAAGUACUGCUUUUGCUUGAAGUACUUCGGCUGGUUGAGCAGUGACCAAUCCUACAUUGAAUGACGUAAAGUGUAUGUGUGUGUCUGUACUGUAUGUCUGUACUGUAUGUUGUGUGUGUGUGUGUGUGUGUGUGUGUGUGUGUGUGUGUGUGUGCCCAAUGGUGCUUAUAUGUAUGUAUUUGUGUGUGCACACACAUCGGCAUGCCUACUUUUGCAUAUGCGUAUGAGUCUUUUAAUAUGUAUAUCUCUCCAUCCAUGCAUCUAUUUAACACGCAUACUGUAUGUAACAAACCUUUGUAUUAUAUCAUAAUACUAAAAGAGUAGUUUGACAUUUUAGGAAGUAUGCAUACGACCUCAACGUUGCCAUGUUUGUCAGAAACAUUUAACUCUGAGCUGCCCUCAACGUAAAGGACGCAUGGAUAAAUGUUGGCAGUGACAGUUACUUCAUUUGACGUGAAUGUAUCUAUUUUCGCAUAUAAAGGGAGUAUAAAUGAGCCCUAAGAUGAGAAGAUUGAUAGCACUCUCGGUAGAUGGUUAGCUUAGCUUAACAUAAACAUGGGAAACGGGGAAAAAGCUAGCCUGGCACCUCUAAAGCUCACUGAUCAGCACAUUUUAUCUUAUCUUAAUCCAUACAAAAUUCGGAAAAUGCUUAGAGCCAAGAAAUAACCCCUCCUAAAAUGGCAAAUUAUUGUUUUUUAUACAUACAUCUGUUUUCAGCUAAGCUAAGUCAAAUACUGCUCAUUAUAACUUCAUAUUUACUUUAGCUACAGAUAAAAGAGUGGUAUCAACUUUCAGCCAAAAUAUGCAUAUUUCCCAAACUGUCAAACUACUCCUUUAAUGCUCUGCAGAGUUUGUCAUGAAAGAAUAAUACACUAAUGCAAUGUAGUAAACUUUCACUAAGAAGAAAUUUUUGUAUUUGAAGAUGUUUUUGAUGAUAUUUAUUUGUCUUUUAUACAACAGGACUUUUAUAUUCAUGCCAUGGAAUGCAUAUAUUUGUCAGACAUGAGCAUAACAAAAAAAAAGUAUAUGGUAAAGCAGUGUUGAUAUUCAAAUACAUGCAACGAGAGCCUCAAUCAUACAUUUAUUUUCACAUGUAUUAUAGUGUGCAAACAUCAUACUUUGUGAUUCUUUUGCCUAAAUACUGUUUCCCUGUGAAAAGCUGCCCAUGCAUAUCAUUCCUAAUUGCCUCUGUGUGUGUUCUGUCCUCUAAACAAUUAGGCAUAAUUAAGCAUUUCAGGAAGUUGGCAGUGAAAUCCUUCAGCUUUAUUCUCACUUCAUUAUGUUUAACGAUUUUCUUUGUGUGCCUGGUUGGGCUCCCUGCACAUGUCUUGUGGAAUGUCAAAGCAUGUAUUCUCGUUCAACACCAAAUAAAAUGUACAUAUAUAUA